CAAGAGAUAAAAGAUCAAAAUAUUAUGCUUGCAGAAGAAGUAACGCUGUGCUCUUCGCAUAAAGAGGAAGCAAUGCAUAUCUUUCUUUUCUUUUCUUUUUUUUUGCUAAAAUUUGAUGCUGCAAUGCAUAUAUCUUGCCUUAAUAUCUUACGAAGUGUACGACAAUUAUAAAGCGGAAUCACAAGACACAAAUGAAUUAUGUUUGUUUUUGAAGAAAACAAGUGAUUAAAUGAUUUGUGAUUCCGCGUUUUAGGUGAUUGAAAUCUUCAAGAAACAUGGUUGGAUUAUUGACAGACGGAAUCGAAUGUUUUCUUUGUUUAUUAAUUUAUUUGAUUUGGUAAACGAUAUUUGUUUGUCAAUUUGUGAUAAAAGAAACGGUCGAAUGCCGAACGAAAGAGUCAUGGAGUAAAGUCAACUUUUGUAUCAUCAUUUUGCUGAGGGUUCGUUGUUAUAAAUCGAAGAAGGUGGUUCUUGGGGUUUAGUAAACUAUAGUCAGAGCCUAAAUCAAAUAAAAUCUCUGCUCCUUGUUGCUUUCUUGUGAAGUAAAUCUUCUUUUUUUUAUUUUCCAUGUCACUCUUCCGAGAAUAUUUCUACAAAAAUGCUCCAGAUCGGCUCGUUGAGAUAUCCGAACGUGUCUAUGCUUUUGACUGUUGUUUCUCCAGCGAUGUUAUGGGAGAGGAUGAAUACAAACCGUACUUUGGUGGCAUUUUGGCGCAGCUACGUGAUCAUUACCCGGAUGCCUCUUUCAUGGUUUGUAACUUCAGAGCAGGAGACCAACGGAGUCAAAUAUCAACAGUGCUGUCUCAAUACGACAUGACUGUUAUUGACUAUCCUAAUCAACAUGAAAGUGUUCCGCUUUUACCUCUCCAAGUGAUCGAUAAUUUCCUAAGAUCGAGCGAAAGCUGGUUAGGUCAACAGAACGUUGUGUUGAUGCAUUGCGAAAGAGGUAGUUUGCAUCUUCUUGAUUUUAUGUUAUCAGCACUAUUAUUGUACAACAGAAGGUAUCAUGGCGAUCACCUGGAGUUGGCAUAUAACCAGGCUUCUAAGAAGCUUCUUGGUCUUUCGUCUGCUCUAAACACAAAGCCUUCUCAAUUAAGAUAUCUUCGGUACAUCUCUACAAGAGAUUUAGACUCUGACUGGCCUCCUUCAGAGGCUCCUCUUCUUUUGGAUUGCUUGAUUCUCAGAGGUCUUUCAAAUUUUGAAUGGAGAAAAGAUUGGAGACCAAGUUUAAGGGUUUUUGGUCAGGACCAUAAAGCCUCAGCAAACAGGAGUUCCAUACUUCUCUUUUCCACACCAAAGACAAAUACCCUCUACCAACAAGAAGAGUGUACCCUGGUGAAGUUAGAUAUCCAGUGCCGUGUUCAAGGGGAUAUUGUUCUGGAUUGUAUAAACUUGCAUGAUGAUUUGGUGGGUGAGGAGAUGAUCUUUAGAAUCAAGUUCCACACAGCAUUUGUACGUGGUAAUGUUUUAAUGGUCCAACUCGAUGAGAUGGAUGUACUUUGGGAGGCCAGGGACCAGUUCCCAAAGGAAUUUAAGGCAGAGGUACUUUUCUCUGACGCUGACGCCAUGGUGCCUGUUACCGCAACAGCUCCCUCCAUGCGUGAAAAAGCACCACUGCCACCACCACCUCCUAUGCGUGGAGGAGCCCUACCACCACCACCACCACCUCCUCCUCCGAUGCGUAGAAGAGCCCCACCACCUACAUUUGGGUCUGGUGGACUUCCUCCACCACCACCACCACCAUUAAGGUCUGGUGGACCUCCACCACCACCACUUCCUCCAGUGCGUGGAGGAGCCCCACAACCACCUCCACUUAGGUCUGGUAUACCUUCGCCUCCACCACCACCACCUCCAUUUAGGUCUGGUGGGCCUCAGCCUCCACCACCACCACCACUUCCAUUUAGGUCCGGUGUACCUCUGCCUCCACCACCACCACCACCACCUCCAUUUAGGUCUGGUGGACCUCCGCCUUUUCCUUGGGUUAUACCAAGGAGGACCGUUCUUGUAAGCCCAUGGGAGGAGAUACCACAUAGACAUGAGGAAGGACAAACUGCACCAGAGUUUGAUGUAUCAAAAAUAGAGACCCUUUUCUCUGCUAGAGUGCAAAAAACGGCUGAUAAAGCCCCACCGACACCACCACCACCACCUCCCCCAAUGCAUAAAAGAAGAGGAUGUGGUCUUCCACGUCCAGGUUUGAGGUCUUCAACUCAAAAGAAGUCUUCUCUUAAGCCUUUUCAUUGGGUUAAGAUAACAAGGGCCGCGCGGGGAAGCUUAUGGGACGAGUUUCAGAGACAUGGGGAAGGACAAACUGCUCCAGAAUUUGAUAUAUCAGAAAUAGAGACCCUUUUCUCUGCUAGAGUGCAAAAACCGGCUGAUAAAUCUGGAAACCAACCGGUUUGGGCAAGACCAGAAAAAAUUCAACUGAUUAACCUUAAGAAAGCCCAUAACGUUGAAAUUAUUCUUUGGAGAACAAAGAUGCCGCUGCCUGAUAUGAUGGCUGCAGUUCUGGCUAUGGAUGAAUCUAUAGUAGAUGUUGAUCGAAUAGAUAAUCUUGUAAAGUUUUGCCCAACCAAGGAUGAAAUGGAACUUCUUAAGUACUACCGUGGUGACAAGGCUACAUUGGGAAAUUGUGAGCAGUACUUCCUGGAGCUCAUGAAAGUGCCAAGAGUAGAAUCCAAGCUGAGAGUAUUUUCCUUAAAGGUUCAUUUUGGCACUCAGAUCUCAGAACUCAGAGAACGUUUAGAUUUGGUAAACUCUGCGUGUGAUCAGAUCCGUUCUUCACAAAAGCUAAAAGAUAUUAUGAAAAGGAUUCCUUACUUGGGGAACACAAACCAAAAAACUGCGAGGGGUAAGACCAUUGAUCUGCUUUCUCCAGGCGUUACAGUGGGAUUCAAGUUAAAUAGUUUACUAAAAUUAAGCCAUGGACGUGGUGCUAACAGCAUGCAACAUCUCUGCAAGGACCUUGCUUCAAAGGCAUCAGAUCUAAUGGAGUUCCAUAAGGAUCUUGAAAGUCUUGAAUCAGCUUCAAAGAUACAGUUGACUUCCCUGGCUGAGGAUAUGCAAGCUAUACUCAACGGAUUAAACAUACUGAACCAGGAGCUCCCUGCAUCCGAAAGUGAUGGUCCUGCUUCUGAAGUGUUCCGUAAAUUAUUGAAGGAACUCAUUUCAAUUGCUGAGACUGAAGUGGCAUCUGUAUCGAGUCUUUACUCCGUUGUGGGAGAAAAUGUUGAUGCACUUGUGAACUACAUUGGCGAGGAUCCCAAACAUUGUCCAUUUGAACAAGUUACUGCAUCCCUCGUAAAUUUUAUAAGGUUGUUUAAGGAAGCACACAACGAGAAUGUCAAGCAAUCAGAGUUGGAGAAGAAGGAAGCUGUUAAGAAUAAGAAAGUGAUGAAAGCAAAAGGAGUCAGUCUCACAAGAAAACUGAUUGACCGUGAGAGAGCCGAUAAUGUGGAAAUUAUGCUUUGGAGAGUGAAGAUGCCGCUGCCUGAUAUGAUGGCUGCAGUUCAGGCAUUGGAUGAUACUGUAUUAGAUAUUGAUCAGAUAGAGAAACUUUUAAGGUUUUGUCCAACCAAGGAAGAGAUGGAUAUUCUUAAGAGCUACACUGGUGACAAGACAACCUUGGGAAAGAGUGAGAAGUUCUUCCUAGAACUAAUGAAGGUGCCACGAGUAGAAUCUAAGCUGAGAGUAUUCUCCUUCAUGAUUCAGUUUGACACUCAGAUAACAGAUUUGAAGAAAAGUUUAAAAGUGGUAAAGUCUGCGUGUAAGGAGAUCCGUUCGUCACAAAAGCUAAGAGAAAUUAUGAAAAGGAUACUUUACCUAGGCAACACAUUGAACAAAGGAACUAUAAGGGGCUCUGCAGUGGGAUUCAAAUUGGACAGUUUAUUAAUACUAAGCGAUACACGUGCUGCUGACAGAAAAAUGACUCUCAUGCAUUACCUUUGCAAGGUCCUUGCUUCUAAGGCGUCAUAUCUACUAGACUUCCAUAAGGAUCUUGAAAGUCUUGAAUCGGCCUUAAAGAUACAGUUGAGGUCAUUGGCUCAAGAAAUGCAAGUUAUAUGCAAAGGGAUGGAAAUGCUGGACCAGGAGCUCACUGCAUCCGAACGUGAUGGUCCUGUUUCUGAAGUUUCCCAUAAAAGAUUGAAGGACUUCAUGCGUAUAGCUGAGACUGAAUUGAAAGCUGUCUCAAGUCUCUACUCCAUUGUGGGGAGGAAUGCUGAUGCACUUGUGUACUAUUUUGGCGAGGAUCCAAGCCGCUAUCCAUUCGAACAAGUUACUGGGACUCUUGAGAAGUUUAUAAGGUUGUUCAAGAAAGCACACGAAGAAAAUGUCGAGCAAGCAGAGUUGGAGAAGAUGGAAGCCGCUAAGGAAGCUAGGAUAAAGAUGUUGAAAGGAGUCUGUUUCACUGAAAAUAAAAGCAGUUGAUAUAAUAACAUAGCUGACCCAUAAACUUAUAUACAAGUAACUUUGGUGUGGUAACUCGGAUGUUUUGUGUCGAUUUAAACAGAGUGAUGUAUAUAUUUUUCUUUGACUUGUGUGGAUUGCAAAAAAAAAAUAAUGUUAAAAUUUGCAUCAUAU